AUGGCAAGUGAACACGGUAAACAGACCCCACAGAAAAACGUUCAACCCAAUCAUGGUGCCCUUCAGUCACAUCUCAAAAAUGUGCCGUUUUGGAACAUAUACGACGUUGAGUCGCGUCACAUUGUCAAUCGAGUAGUUGGGACUGGACAGAAUACUCGAUCCGAUGGAAUGAUCGGUCCACUUCCCCCUUCGAAGACAGGGCUUAAACGGAGUUUAUCAGAAAUCAGCGGUAUCGAAGUAACCGGCACAUCCUCAGGCGAGGUCAUUUCAUCCGCUGAACCAGAAACCCCUAUACCACAGGUGGAAGAUAUGGCAAAACAAGCUGCUGGAGGCUCCACUGCUCCUGCAGCUAAAAGGUCGCUCAGGGAUAUUAAGCAAGGAUUAUUGUUGAAAAGGGUUAAGGUCGAGCCACAAGACGUCAAGAUCAAACUCGAGGCGAUAGAGCCUUCCCCAUCCCUUUCUACCUCCAUUUCAACAUCUUCCACGGCUGCUGGACAAGGGGGAGUUUCCAAAGACAAUGAACCCAGCAUUCAUCCAGAUUCUGCAACUCCCGGCCCUGUUACUGCAAAAAUGAUGUCUUCGAGCAAGAAGGAUCACCCCAGGGCUCCAAAUGUCAAGGCCAAGAAGCCCACCCCCGUUUCUACCAUCGAAGGUGCACCUGCCGCCUCCAUCAAAGCCACACCCGCUGCCACAAUCGAAUCUGCACCCGCUUCUGCCAUCAAACUUGCCCCCGCUUCCGCCAUCGAAGCACCCACGCCCAUCACAUCAAGAGGCAGGAAACCUAUUCCACCUUCCAGUACCAAACCCACCCCUCAACUCAACAACCCUACGCCCAUUCCGCUUUCCAGGACUACUCCUAAUGAUCCGGCUUCACUGACAAAACCGAGUACCGUCCCUGAUGAUCCUGCUCUGAGCAGCAGAGAAAAAUCCGCCCCUGAUGCUACUGCUCCGAACAGUGGAGAAAAAUCAGGAAAUGCCAGCGUUCUUGAACUUGCUGGGAUACCUUGCCUUCCGCUUACAGGCAGUAUGCUAGUCAUUCCCCGAUGCCCUCGCAGGAGCUUCAUAUCCUACGAUCUUCAGUGGCCUCAGAACAGGGAAGACUGGUUACACGAAGUAAGGGGUGAGAAUAUGUCUGAAUUACAUGUAGAUUGGGAAAUUAGCGAGGCGAAAUUCAGCAAAAUGUAUCCAGACUUGGCGAAAAUGGAAUAUAACUAUGCUACCUCCGAACUCCAGGGCAUAGAGGAAAACAUGCUCAGGAGGUUUCACAUUUCUGAUCAUUCGGAUUAUUGUGUUACUGUAGAGUCUCUGAGAUCAGGAAGGUAUGGACAACUUCUUCUUGAGGCGGAUAUGUAUCAAGAAUUGGCGAAGAUCAAGAAGGGUUUGGGGUCUGCUAAGGAGCACAUUAAGGAACUUCUGGCUUCCGCUUCGGAAUAA